GAGUGGCAGUCUUUAAUAAUAGUGUAAAAUCUAAUGUAUUAGCAAGAAAGAUGACAGGAAAGUUUACUUCUUCUAAUCCAUUUAAUAAUAAUACAGGAAAUGUGGUCAAUACUUCAGCAUUAUUUAUAGUAUAG